AUGAUAAAUACAUAUUCACUGAGAAGACUGUCAGUAGAGCUGUCGACUCCACUAAAGUAUGAUCUAACAAGAACAGUAAAUGAAAUAAAAAAAGCAUUCGAACAAGCAAAACAACAAGAAAAAAGAGUAGGAACAGUGGAGUACGAAUACACACCGAGGAAGCGCUGGAGAGUAACAUACCUUAAGUCGAGAUUUAAGCACAGGAAGGCAAUAAGGCACUACGUGUUUGAACAGUACAACUAUAAAGUGAGCGUGUUCAGCCCAGAAGAAGUGGAAACAGUAAUCACCUCAAUACUGGGAAGCCUGAGCACCUCAGUACAAGCACGCUGCACAUUUACAUGGAAUUACGAAAACGGAGAAGAAGAAAGGAAAAAUAAAGUAAAAAUAACAAACGAAGAAAAUAAAAUAGAAGAGUCGAUAAUAAAUAAAUUGAUCAAUAAAAUUAAAAAGGAAAAAGAAAAAAUAAUGAUAGGAAUAGGAAGACUAUACAGGUUUCAGAAGAACGUAAGAGUUAAUUUGACGGAGUCCCAACAGUUACUAAGGGAAAAGUUGGAUAGGUUGACAAAAGAGCUGUCAACAGCAGCAGAAGAGAACAAAGGAACCUUUUCGUUCUUCAAGAAGAGGAGGGAGGGGGAGCAGAAGAGUCCUAAGGGAGUGUACAUAUACGGAGGAGUGGGCCAGGGGAAGACGAUGAUGAUGGACAUGUUUUACGAAAAGGUGGAGACGACGAAGCACAGAAUACACUUCCACGAGUUCAUGAUACAGGUGCAGAAAAAGCUACACGAAAACAGAAACAGCAGUGGGUCGGUGAGCAGUCCGCUUUCGGGAGUGUGCAGCGAGAUAGCAAGGGAGUACAGGCUGCUGUGCCUGGACGAGUUCCACGUCACGCACAUCUCAGACGCAAUGAUACUGAAGGAGCUGUUCACGAACCUGUUCAAGAUGGGCCUGGUGUUGGUGUGCACGAGCAACAGGGCGCCAGAGGAGUUGUACAAAAAUGGACUCAACAGAGAUAGGUUCCUGCCAUUCAUACCAAUACUGUACAAGCACUGCGAAGUAUUCAACCUGAACAGCGAGGACUUCAGACAGAAGAUAGUGAGCGAGAGCACGAAGCUGGACAAGCAGCUCUUCUUCCUGGAAAAGAACAUAGAGGACUUCAUGGAGGAGUACGCGAGGGAGAAUGAGAUAAGCAAGGAGGAAAUUAGGCCUAUGAAGCUGCAAGUGACGCCACUGAGAAGCAUCCUGCUCAAGAGAACUCACGGAAAGGUGGCAUUCUUCGAGUUCUCAGACUUCUCGUCGACGAAAAGGGGCGCAGUGGGAACGGACUCGUUCAUAGAGAUGAGCAGCAGCUUCCACACGCUCUACGUGUCGAAGGUGCCGCAGUUCGACACGAACGUGCAGAACAACAACCAGCUUAAGAUAUUUAUACAGCUGAUCGACAUACUCUACGAAAAAAAUAUGAAACUGAUACUGUCAACGGAAAAGCCAAUAAUAUUCAUGUUUGGACUGUUCGGAAUCGUAAAAUUAUUUGACGAGUUCUACAACAACUUCAAAGAGGAAGAACAAAUGUUAGACUUGAAAGCAAGUAUACAAAUGGAAGAUUUUAUAGAAAUCGCAAGCAAAUAUAAAAUGAAUAGCAGCGACUCAGCAAAACUGUUCAAUUCAAUGUUACUCCCAAACGAAGACACGUUAACAGCGCAGAGACUGUACAAUAUAGUCAAAACAUACUCAGACCUGCGCAGAGGAGAAAUCACAAAGGACUUUACACUGUACAAAUUUGACACGUCAGAAGAGAACAUCAACGAGGAGGAGUUCCAGUGCUCAAGGACACUGUCAAGGCUAUUUCACAUGUCAACCAGCGAUUACCUGGAAAAACACAAACAGUUGUACAAGUAA